UUCCCGUUCUCAGACUAGGAGCACACCCGCGCAGGACGCUCAUCUCCAGCGGAGCGCUAAUUAAUUCUCUUAAACCAAUACUGUAACAUUAAGUUGUGAACGGAUUACCUUAGUUGCAAAAAUGCUCUCAACGGUUAUGAAACAACUUAAAUCCCACCCGGCGUUGAUCCCGCUCUUCGUUUUCAUUGGCGGAGGAGCCGCCAUGUCCAUGAUGUACCUAGGUCGCCUGGCAUUGAAGAACCCCGAGUGCUCGUGGGACCGUACGAACAAUCCAGAGCCCUGGAACAAAGUGGAACCGAACCACCAGUACAAAAUGUUCACAGUGAACAUGGACUACUCCAAGCUGAAGAAGGACAGGCCUGACUUCUAAACGCUGGAGGGCUGGAGUCUCUAACAGCACCCCCUACUGCACAGGAGCCUGAUGCUUUCUUCAUCACAGACAUGCUGAAAUCAUACCACUGGUCGAUAUCAUUUCUGGGAGAAGAGGACUAUCACAGCCAUUUUGCCUUGGAGGUCACAGUCAACACACACACACACACACACAUGCAUUCAGUCAAUAGUCUACACACACACAGACACACACACACAUACUCAUGCAUUAUCAUCAGAUACCAAUCGCUACCUAUGUUUAUCCAUUCUCCUCUCGCUGGUUGUCUUUCCCAGUCAAAUGAAAUCAGACAGCCUCCUACAUGUUAUAAUGGGAAAAGCUCUUUGUGUGCUUUUGAUUGAUUGUGACUUUUAUUUAAUUUUAACAUUAUUAAUGUAAAUUGUCUUUCGCAAAUAAAUGCACAUUAAGAAUA